AUGUCUGGAUCCGACCUCCCUGCCAUCGACAUACAACAGCUGACAUUCACUCACACCACUCCAGGUGCCCUUCUCUCCGACAAGCCCUUCGUUGCUCUACGUGAUGUGAACUUUAGCCUACCUCGCGGCAGUCGCACACUCCUUGUAGGAGGGAACGGAGCAGGGAAGAGUACGUUACUGUACAUCUUAGCGGGAAAACGCAUGAUACAGAAAGGCUCUGUCAAAGUGCUUGGACGCGAUGUGUUCAAAGAUUUUCCUCCGAAUGUCGUAUACCUUGGUACAGAAUGGGCGAUGAAUACAGGGACUCGAGGUGAUAUCGUGGUGUCCGACUUUUUGAACAGCGUAGGUGGAUAUAGACACAAGGAGCGCCGAGACCACCUCCUUGAUAUUCUGGAUAUUAACCUUGAUUGGCAUAUGCAUCACAUUUCAGAUGGCGAGAGAAGGCGAGUUCAACUUUGUAUGGGACUAAUGGGAGAGUGGGAUAUCUUGCUACUAGAUGAGGUUACUGUCGAUUUGGAUGUGCUUGUCCGAGAUCAGCUCCUGGAGUUCCUACAGCAAGAGACCAUAGAGCGCAAUGCGACUGUUGUGUAUGCAACCCAUAUCUUCGAUGGUCUGAAUACAUUUCCGACGCAUAUAGCGCACAUGUGCGACGGGCAAUUCACCUUGAACCCAACCCCGUGGCCGCUCCGGGACUUGGACAAUCUACUUGAAGAUCCAAAAGCCAAGGAACACUUUUUAAAAUCAGGAUCGUCAAUUCAUGCUUUGGCACUUACCUGGCUUUCAAAUGAUAGAACUGUAAGAGUGCAAGCGGAAAAAGAAGGGAAACGACGUAAAGUUAGAGGUGCUCGGGCUCAGACGAUUCCCUCAGAUUCGGAAACCUUUUACAAAAAGUGA